UGUAUUUGCAUUCAAAACAGUCUUCGCGAGAAAGUAGAAAGGAAAAAGAUUUCCGACCAUACUAGGACUUAACAGUUUACAGGUAAACAUUCUCUCUGAGGACUUUUCAAGCGAGUGAAAACCGUAGAGGCUAAAUCUUGCGCUAUAACAUUGAAACUACAAGAUGAAGUUACAGACGAUGAAGAUUAAAGACAUGAAAAAACUGUGCUUUACUGCAGUGAUCGGCGUUAUCGUGAUCAUUGUGGUUAUUAUAGCAGCGAUUCUAUCAGCCCAUGGCUCACAUCCUAACAGUGAUAAAGAAAGUGACGAACCAUAUGAUGUAGUAUAUUACAACUGCACCCAAAAUUCUUCCAUUUGCCACAAGAACGCUUUUUGUGAUAAAACCAUUGGCUCCUGCACAUGUAGCCUUGGAUUUAAAGGCGAUGGUCAAAUGUGCAGCGAAACUGAUGAAUGUUCUGCAGGAAACCACACAUGUGGCAAAAACGCCAAAUGCAACAACACCAUUGGCUCGUACCAUUGCAUGUGCAACCCAGGGUUUAGCGGAGAUGGAAGAGAAUGUACCGACAUUGAUGAAUGUGUAACAGGGGACCACACAUGUGACAAGAACGCCAUAUGCAACAAUACCAUUGGCUCGUACCAUUGCAGAUGCAAUCCUGGGUUCAGUGGAGAUGGAAGAAAUUGUACCGACAUUGAUGAAUGUGCAACUGGAGACCACAUAUGUGACAAGAACGCCAAAUGCAACAACACCAUCGGCUCAUACCAUUGCAUGUGCAAUCCUGGAUUUAGCGGAGAUGGAAGAAAUUGUACCGACAUUGAUGAAUGUGUAACAGGGGACCACACAUGUGACAAGAACGCCAAAUGCAACAACACCAUUGGCUCGUACCAUUGCAUGUGCAACCCAGGGUUUAGCGGAGAUGGAAGAGAAUGUACCGACAUUGAUGAAUGUGUAACAGGGGACCACACAUGUGACAAGAACGCCAAAUGCAACAACAUCAUUGGCUCGUACCAUUGCACAUGCAAUCCUGGGUUCAGUGGAGAUGGAAGAAAUUGUACCGACAUUGAUGAAUGUGUAACAGGGGACCACACAUGUGACAAGAACGCCAAAUGCAACAACACCAUCGGCUCAUACCAUUGCACAUGCAAUCCUGGGUUCAGUGGAGAUGGAAGAAAUUGUACCGACAUUGAUGAAUGUGUAACAGGGGACCACACAUGUGACAAGAACGCCAAAUGCGACAACACCAUUGGCUCGUACCAUUGCAUGUGCAACCCAGGGUUUAGCGGAGAUGGAAGAGAAUGUACCGACAUUGAUGAAUGUGUAACAGGGGACCACACAUGUGACAAGAACGCCAAAUGCAACAACAUCAUUGGCUCGUACCAUUGCACAUGCAAUCCUGGGUUCAGUGGAGAUGGAAGAAAUUGUACCGACAUUGAUGAAUGUUUAACAGGGGACCACACAUGUGACAAGAACGCCAAAUGCAACAACACCAUCGGCUCAUACCAUUGCACAUGCAAUCCUGGGUUCAGUGGAGAUGGAAGAAAUUGUACCGACAUUGAUGAAUGUGUAACAGGGGACCACACAUGUGACAAGAACGCCAAAUGCGACAACACCAUUGGCUCGUACCAUUGCACAUGCAACCCAGGGUUUAGCGGAAAUGGGAGAGAAUGUACCGACACUGAUGAAUGUGUAACAGGGGACCACACAUGUGACAAGAACGCCAGAUGCGGCAACACCAUCGGCUCGUACCAUUGCACAUGCAACCCAGGGUUUAGCGGAAAUGGAAGAGAAUGUACCGACAUUGAUGAAUGUGUAACAGGGGACCACACAUGUGACAAGAACGCCAAAUGCAGAAACAACAUUGGCUCAUAUGAUUGCAUGUGCAUGUCUGGUUUCUAUGGUAACGGCGCUCGUUGUCGUGAUAUUGAUGAGUGUCAAGAAGAGAAACAUCACUGUAGUCCCCAUGCAACAUGUGAUAACACACUUGGGUCGUUUAAAUGUUCUUGCAAAGAAGGUUUCCAUGGCAAUGGUGCUUAUUGUCGUGAUAUUGAUGAGUGCCGAGAUGGAAGCCACAAAUGCAGUCCCCAUGCGAUAUGUGUUAACACACUUGGGUCGUUUAAAUGUUCUUGCAAAGAUGGAUUUCGUGGUAACGGCGUAACUUGCAAUGGAGGAAGAACUCUUUCUGCUCCUCAUCUCAUGAUGUUUGUGCUUGGGGCCAUAGUGACAUUGAGGGCUUGGUCAAUCUAGCGUAGUCCAGCACAGCGAAUAGGGAGUGACAAUCAUCGAUAUCAGAAAGGGGGAGGGAAUCAACUUUUUGUUGGAGAACCCCCCUCCUCCGACCAUUUAAUCUAAUAAAAAAUGGUUCUGAAUAAAAAUUAUGUAAAAAGUA